UCGUAAAUUGAAAUAAAAUAAACUUUUUAGAAACAAAAUUUAAAGUGUAUAAAACAUAAGAUAAUUUAAGAUUCGAAAAUUAAAUGCACAUAUAACACAUCAAUUCCAAACAUUAGUUCCAUUUAUAAGAAAUAUCCAUUUUUAUAUAUUGAUUAGGUGAAAUAAAGUGUAGUCAUUGAACAAAGAAAUUAUUGGUUGCACAAAAAUAGUGAAAAAUGGCUAAGGUUAUUUCACAAGAAACCUUUGAUGAUGUGGUAAAAGAAAAUAUCGUGGACUUCUCCAUGAGCCCAGAUGAAGCAAAAGAAGAAACAAUCAAGCAAUUCGAAGCCCAGGGAAUUAAUUUGGCAAACAUCAUUAAGGAUUUAACAAUAAAUCCAGACACUGGCAAGCCGGUACUGAAUGAAAUAAUUGAUGAAAUAAAAACUUAUAUAGGCCAAAAAUCCACCGAUACCAAGAAACUACUGGAAAACUUGUCUAUCUUAGACACUGAAUGCCAAAAGUCUAUCUCCCAUCGGGUACUCGCAGGAAAGAACAGCGCCCAUGAAGCCCUUGUAACGCUUCUAGAGCAGGAAUUGGUGAACCAAAACUCUUCUGAAGAUGUGAAACCUAAUUUGUCCGUCUUAGAGGCUUGUUUAAAGUGCGCUAAUAGUUUUACAAACAARCAACCAGAUAUAUUCGAUGCAGAAGCCCUGGCAGUAAUUUUGAAACUUUUGUCCAUCGAAGAUGAAAAUAUAAUAAUACUUACGCUGCAAUGGUUGCAAAAAGCAAGUAUAAUGCACGAAAUCAAUCGGCAAAAUAUUGUCAAUGCUGGCGUGGUGAAGAAGUUGAAGCCAUUUGUGUCCAAGCAGAGCAGCCUAAAACUUAUUCGAGAAGUUCUAGCUGUUCUGCGCUAUCUUGUGCUGGACGAUGAUAUUCGCGUAGAGUUUGGAUGCGCACACGAACAUGCGCGUCGCAUUGCGAGCGAAUACAUUGUGGAUUUGACAAAAUUAUUGGGUGAAUACAAUGAUUCCAACAUUUUGUCAGAUUUGGUGUUGACAAUCGGUGCCUUAGCGGUGCGUCAAGAAUUUUGCACAACCAUUGAGGAUGCGGGUGGGAUUAAAUUCGUGUUUGAUAUAAUGACCGCUAAUCAAACGUCUGUUCGUGUGAAUCGCGAAGCCUUUAAGCUACUACGUGCAUUAGGCGGCAACGACACUGUAAAGGCGCAUAUUGUGCAACAAGGUGCAGCCCCGAUUAUUAAGCAAGUGCUAGAAACACAUCUGUCAAAUGAGAAUGUAGUCUCUGGGGCAUUGGCUUGUAUUGCAACAUUGACACUGCGUGUUAAAGAUAAUAGUGCAGCCUUCUUUGCUACCGGAAUUGCAGAAACCAUUGUAGAGGCUGUUCGUAUGCAUCCUAAAAAUAAGAUAGUUCAACGCAACGGUGCUUGGGCCAUUCGCAAUAUGGUGUCUCGUUCACGAGAUCAGUGCGAAAGCUGGAUUUCCUUUGGGGUGGAAGAUCUAUUAAAUGCAGCGCUAAGUUCGCAUCCAUCAAUACAACAGGAUGUAAAGGCGGCACUUCGCGAUUUAGGAUGUAAAGUAGAACUUCGCGAAGAAUUCACAGGAGUUGCUGAAAAGAAAAUUAUUGGCAUAUGAAAGGCUUUUAUAAAAACGCGCUUAUGCUGUAAAAAAAAGAAGCUGGUACUGCUCAUGUUUCUAUCUUCAAAGCUGUAAAAGGAGCCUUUGUGUAAAUUGAGUCCAGUAUUCCAUUAAUAAUAUACUACUAUUUUACUUAAAUCUUAA